AUGGGUAUAGUGCACGCGUUAACGCGAACGUCACCAGACGAUUCAGAGAAAUCGUCGAAUUACGUACGAACGUGUGUACAAUGCAAUGAUCUGGCAAGUUCGGAUCCAGGAAAUCCAGGGAGUUUUCAAGAUAUUCAUAAGAAAGUAAAGGAUCUUUAUCCCCAUAAUUUCGAGGGUGGAAAAUUGUCGAUCAACAGAUUACUGAGCAAUCACUUCCGGAUUGCUCACAGUAUUGUAUUGAGCCCAAUAACACCGUCCGGGUACAAAUUCGGAGCUUUUUACGAGGGUACAACGAUGAUUGGAAAAAAAGAGCGUUAUCCAUCGCUCGGUUGCACGAUUAUGCCGAACGGCAAUCAGACUAUUCAAUUUAUGCACACGCUCGGUUGUCGAUACAGAGUCAAAUUUAACGCUCAAAUAGCCGAUAAAAAGUACAGAGCUUGUGCAAGCGAGCUGGAAUAUCGAUCGGACAAUUGCACGAUGUCCGUGUCCUUGAAAAAUCCUGAUUUCAUGAAAGUCAACGGUACAUUAGCGCUGUACUUCUUGCAAGCGGUCUCUUCGGGCCUCGCUCUCGGAGUCGAAAUUGCGUGUUUGCGAGACGAUGAGAUUGAAGGUCAACGAACGAUUAUUUCCGGAGCUGCGCGAUACAGCACCGGGCCGUUCACCGUUUCGACGACUCUGGGCAAGGCUGGUCUUCACGUUUGUUGUCAUCGACGUGCCAGCGAACAACUCCAGCUCGGGGCAGAGCUCGAAGUCAAUCUGAGAAGCCACGAGUCCCAGGGGACACUAGUUUAUCAGAUUCACGUACCCAAAGCUGAUUUCACGUUCAAAGGGAUGCUCGACUCCGAGUGCACAGUUUCUGGUGUAUUCGAGAAAAACUUGUCGUCGAUAUUCAAAUCUUCGCUGCUUUUAAGCGGCGCUUUGAAUCACAGUAAAGGACAAUUCCGGGUUGGCAUCGGCCUCAAUGUUGGAUGAAAUUUUGUAACAUUAAAAUUGAUUUGUAAACGUCGAAUUCCCCGAAUAUUCGCCUGCUCGAUUUUUCACCUUUUUUAUUAACUCGAAACAUUUGUUAUU